AUGGCAGACAACUCGACAGAUACCCCUACAGUAGAAGACUACAACAUGGGUCUCCACAUCGGAGGCCUCUUCGCCAACAUGGCCGCCAGUGCCUUUGGUGUUCUGUUGCCGAUCUUGUUCGCAUACACAACGUUCAACGCCCAGACGACAACUAGGAUCCACAAUGUCGUCCAAACCGCUCGCACCUUCGGAUCUGGCGUCAUUCUAGCCACGGCCUUCAUCCACAUGCUUCCCUCAGCAUUCAGCAACCUGUCCGACCCGAGUCUCCCUGAGGUCUUUCAAGAGGACUCGGGGUACACUGGCUGGGCAGGUUUGAUCGCCAUGGUUUCGGCCAUGCUGUUGCAAUUGCUCGAGUACACUGCUACCCAGCGGUUCUUCACUCGGUCCAAGAAGAGUGGUGGAGAUGUGCAUGCGAUUGAUCGGUUGAGUGCGAUUGGGGAGGAUGAUGAGAAGAAGAGAGUGGUUUCAGAUGAUACUGGGAGUUUGGAGGAGGGCCGUCGUGGGUACGCCGUUGGUGCUGUUGCUCCUGUUGAUGGGUCGGUAGCCAGGCCGGAGGAUUGCUUGCAUAUGGGUCAUGUUCAUGGUGGAGAGAUCUUGUUGGUCAACAAGAAUAACAAGAACCAGCACCAGAACCAGCACCUCCAUCCCCACGGCGACGGCGAACUUAGCCAUAAUGACCACGGCCACGAUUCCAACAAGGCUUCGUCCUCCUCGCAACAAGAACAACGAUCCCGUGAGAUUGGCACAUAUAUCCUCGAAUUCGGCAUCGCAUUGCACUCUGUGAUCAUCGGCAUCACCCUCGCAACCACCCUUGGCACCGAGUUUGUCUCACUCCUGAUCGCCCUCCUAUUCCACCAGUUCUUUGAAGGCGUCGCCUUGGGCGGCCGAAUUGCCUCCCUCCAAUUCAAGCGGUCCUCCUUCCGGCCCUGGCUACUUUCUGCUUGGUUCGCAUGCUCGACCCCUCUGGGUAUUGCUAUCGGCAUUGGUAUCCGCUCGUCGUACGAAGGCGACAGUGUCACGGCGUUGAUUGUCCAGGGUGUGUUUGAUUCCUGCUCAGCCGGGAUCUUGUUGUACACGGCCAUGGUCCAGUUGAUGUCGACAGAGAUCAACUCGAAUGUUGCGUUCAGGGAGUCGAGCCACAACAGUCAAGUUGUCCAGUUUGUGGCGCUUUGGUGUGGUGCUGCUGCCAUGGCUGUUGUUGGCAAGUGGGCUUAG